ACAAAGUAGAAGGAUACGAGAAAUAAAAAAAUAUGAUAACAAACAUGGCGUGUUGUCCUAGGAGCGUCGCUUACAAUUUUGUUUAUUAGGUCAACGUGAACGUAAACGAUAUCCGCCUCCCUGGAUUAUGUCGUGGUGUACAAGAGAACGGAAUGUCAUUGCACACACGGAAAGAAGGAGGUGCCGGGGCGAAGGCGCUCGGCGGUAGGAGACCCGGCGACUGAUAUGCAAGCGGCGCCGGCGCGCUACGUGUCUGUGAGCGAGUUGUACUCGACCGACGAAGUGGAGCUGUUGCUGGACGAGAUUCGAGAGCUGGAGCCGACGAGCUGCCGCGGCGAAGACGUACAGGACUUCGAGAUAGCGGGCAGCGGGUGUGUAUCGGGUGGUGGGGGCGCGGGCGGUGCGGGCGGGCGCUCGCCGGCGGGCACCGAGCUCACCGAGCACUCGUGGGACUCGCACGCGCAGUACCGGCGCGCGCCGCCGCCGCCGCCGCGCCCGCUCGCGCCGCUCUACUGCCGCCUGCGCUACCUGGCCACGCCGCAGGGGCUGUGCACGCUGCUGCUGGUGGCGUGGUGCACGGGCGCCUGCGCGUGCGCCUGGAGCGGCGCCGGGCUGCGCGCGCGAGUGCCGCUGGCGCCGCGCCUCCGACUGCUGCUGCUCGCCGCGCUGUCCUCCGCGCUGCUGCACGCUGCGCUGCUCGUGGUGCGUGUGGCGCGUCUCGACCUGCUGCUGCCCAUCGAUUUCGACAAGCUGGCGCUGUUCACCAGUGUGUGGAGCGGACUGUCGCUGCUGUCAGGCGGGCUGCUCACGCUGCACGCAGUGGCCGCCGCGCCAGAGUACCGGCACGCGCCGCCGCACCUCGCCGGCCUACUGUACUCGGCUGCGGGGCUGGGGCUGGGCGGCGCGCUGGCCUCGGCGGCGGUGGGCGCCAGCAGUGCGCGCGGCUCGUGGCGGCGCGUGCGCAGUGGCGCGUCGCGGAGUCGCGCGUCGUCAUCGUCUGCGCGCGGCACGUACCGCGCCGUGCCCGCGGCCCCGCCGCCGCUCGACCUGGCGCGCCCCUCCACGUCCCGUGACGAUCCCUUAUAGUGAAGGCCGGCCGCCACCGACUUCUGAGCGGCUCCCCCGAGUGACCUCGUCCGGAGGUGAACCCCGCGCCGUGUGACGGCUGCAGCCCGCCUGCCGCGAGUCCCGUGAGCCGGCCGCGACGUUGUACGUUUUAUAGUUUUAUAAUAUGGAGGCUCAGCCGUUCGCGCGCCGGUGAAGCGCAGCACGACGUUGUCAACGUUACAGCGCCGCUCGCGGAAUCUCGUUUUGGAGCGAUUCAGACAAUACAUUUAUUGGACGGGCGUCAAGGUCGAGCUGCGUUUGUUGCCCGUUUUGAGUAGAACGUUUGAGAGUUAGUGUACGAGGAGCGCCAGCACUCGUGCAGUCGCGCAGACGCGCGUGUCGUUUGAUAUUGUUGCCGAUCUGAGAUCGAGUAAUACUGCCACUCUAUUUCUUGCUGUCGAUCAUUCAUGUCCAUUUAUUUUCUAGUGUAGGUAGAUAUGUUAAGUUCCAAGGCCGCCGGCGAGUGACCGGCGCGUACCCUGUGCUCUCGAGGCACAAGCCCCUGAUAUUGACGUCAAUACUCAAUUAAACACGCGCAAUUUAACAUACUUUAAAGAAUUCCAGAAUAAUGUAAAGAAAGGUGUUUAUAUCGUAGUAUUCAUUAACGUCCUCGUGGUGCUGGGACGGUGUGGGUGUCGCAAGUCGCGGCGCCGAGGCACAAGGUACUGCGCGGGGGCCGCCGGCCGGCAGACAUUAUGAUCUCUUAUAAUUUGAAAUUUCACAAGUCUGAUUUUGAUGCUAGUCCAUUAUUUAGCGUUAGAGUAUUAAAUAAUUUGUAACGUUUAAUAUAAAGCAAACAUUCCUGGAGAGUAGUUUUUUUGCACAAAAUUUAGAUUUAUCGCGCGACUAGCAGUUUUUCAUAUUGAGAAGUUUGCGCGGGAACGCGACGCGGCACAACAGUGGACUCGGCUAACUUUGUAUCGUUUAAACUUGUAUAUUUUGUGUAUUUAAUCUUCUCGUUAAUACAGAAUACGCACAAUGUGAAGUGCCGCAUAUUCAAAUUGUACAUUAAUUAAGUGAUUAUUUAAUAAAUAGUUCCUGUUAUAGAAGCACCCGCGCAUUUCAUCUCUUAAAUUUUUAAUAUUUAUUAUAUAGAUGUGACUUUAAACGUAUGAAUUUUUUAAGAAUACACUGUUUUCUAUUUUCCUAUACCCCCUUAAAAUGAACAAUCGACAAUUCCAACCGGUGCAGUGGCAGGGUGCCUCGUCAGUGAGGCCUUAACGAAUCCGUGGCUAUUUACGAGGUCUUUUUAUCAGAUUCCCAAAGGGUAAUGUUUUUCCUUUGUGUCCGUUCCGAGCGGGGCCCCGGGCGACUGACCUGCUAUCCGACUCAUAAGGCCGCCACUGUGCCUCAUUUACCUUGCUGGACAGCACUUACCAUAGUGACUUGGACCGGCGAGUGGUCUUAUAGAAUUGAUUCUUGUGCCACUAUAAGAAGGGCCAGUUUCCCUCGCUUGCCCCGUAGCCCCGUCGCUAUUUACCCUGCCACUGGUACCCGCUGCCCCACUGUUGGUAUCCGUCGUCUCGCCCCGCUCUUCUGUCCAUUCGACCUAGUUUGUUUGGAACGUACAAAUAUUUUGUCCUGAUUUCCUCUACGUCCAAUACAUAUUAGUUACGCAUAUUUAUAUGUAGUUUUACAUUUAUUGAUUCGAAAUAUACACAAAUGUAUGCAAAGGGUAAAUUUUUACAUGUAAGCGAAGUAUUUAUGAAAUAAUCAAACGGGCUUACAUCGCCAGUCACAGGGCCACUUGUUGCUAUUAGUAUUUAUUUUUGAAUAGUUUUUUUUGUUACUGACAUUUCUGAUUUCUAUUUACAUUGUAUAUAACAUGUUAAUAUCUUGGGUCGGGCUAAUUAAAAACCAUUAUAUAUGUAUAACAGAAUCAUAAUGUUACGACAGAUAAUUAAUGUUGUGGAUGCCUGAUAACGUGAUUAGGGUUACCAAUUCUUACACUUCAGACGCCGAAUAAAAACCAAAGAAUAACGAAUUAAGAGAUCGGAACAAUUUAUAUUAUUGUUCGGAUAAACAUUUGAAUGUACAUAAUACAUAAACAAGAUGUUUCUAUAUGUUACAGUUUUACUUAUUGAGAGUCCGGAAACGAUAAUAUGUUGGAUGGUAACCUUAACACGGUUCAUACUGGUAAUGUACAGAGCAUUGAUUUCAAAUCAUCAUCAUACUUGCUCUAACAUGCCGCUACUGGGCUGAGUCCACUGGCGAUGUAAGAACACUACUAUGUGGCGAGGCGGCGAUUAGUGACCAACAACUUUUUGUUCAUUAGCUGCUCCAACGACUAAUAUUAAAAAUCACUGUGGAAGGAAAUUUCAAUUCAUUUUGAAAUCGCUGUCGUCUAGCAUUGACCAAGUAAAAGCGCAGGCGCAGCGAGAAAUUACGAAUUUUGAAUUUUGUGGUAUAAUAUUCGUCAGAGCACGUCGACGUCACUACACAGCGUUGUGGGGUCGGCGCCACCAGUCGUGUCCACAUUGAGACCAUGCUCGGUUCGUGACUACGACGAUCGCUAAUCUUGACUUUGUUCGGUCAAGUCAACAGGAAUGUCGUGAGAGUGGCGCGGCUCGUGGGCUCCUCUUGUCACUACUCGCCGUCCGUCGAGCGUAACCGUGUUAAAGCAGUUGUAUAGGAGAAUGGUACAUUAAGACAGAUUUAUUUCCUCGUAUUGCUUGUAAUUGAUACAAUGGUUUGCAAAAUAUUUAUAACUGUUCAUAUUGUAUUGUGUAACAUUAUAGUUAGCGUGUAAGAGACGGUUCACAUAUAAGAUUUGUUAUAAGUGAUGAUUUUAUACCGACCAGUGUGUACACGCUCCCACGAGCUUACGUACUUUGUAUUGAACUUUUUUAUUUAUAUCUGAAUACAGAUGUUGUAAUGGAAAUGUACGAGCGAGGAUGAUGUUACGCGUAGUACGUUAUUUGUUUUGUUUCGGGCGGCGCGCGGCCACUGACGAGCUGCCACUACUACUAAACUGAAACUUAAUGUAAAAUACGCCCUCUACUUGUAAAUGAGUGGUUUAGUUGUGAUACAUAACUGCGGAUCGCUGUUGUUCCGUGCGGUCGAUGUGAGGCGCUCGAGUCGCGCCGCCCGCGUUUUAGAUGUUAUACAUAUCACGUAUAUUUUUGGAACAUGUCCGACGCAGGAUCUCAUUACUUUAGUUCUAUGUUUAUUUGUAUCACAAUCCUACUUACACUUGUUAAUGGACACAUCCGAUGCAUGAAAUCUCUUCCGUGAGUACAACGCGUUCGCGUUAUGUGACGCGCCGACCUUCUCACCGACACGGAACGAGGACUAACGAUUACAUCUAUCAAGUUGACUCGCUUAGGUGCAAGAUUAAGUAAAGAGAAAUAGUAAUGAAUUAUAUGGUUUAGGUUUUUUUUCCGUAUUAUUUCUAGAGAUGUAACUAAAUGUUGAAAAUAGAAAUAGACCUGAAGGUAUUUUCUUGUAUCUUGGCUCGAAGUCGAAGUUCUCUUUAUACAUGUCAGCCUAACAAACUUAAUGACUUUUUACUCUUCUAUAAAUGAAAUGACAGACGAGCUUAUCUUACCGUUAUUUUCAGAGGUGUAGAGUUUGAUAAACAACUUAUACUACGUAUUUUAUGUACUAAAAAAUCAGUAACUUUGAUAAUUAUUUAUUUUAUUUAUGUACUAACAAAAUUUUGAAUUUAUUUAUUUUUACUCUUGAAAAAUAUUUGCAUUUCAAAUCGCAAUCAUAGGCCCCAAUGUAUUCGAGCGAUAAUUUUUAAUGUGCUAAUGUGUGUUCAAAUUUUUUGUGUAAUAAGUAUUUUAUACGAUAAAAAAUAGGGUUGGUUCCUAUGGUUAAUUUUAUACAAUAAUUACAAAUAAUAUGCAAAUAGGGUAGAGAUUGUUUUGUUACAAACAAUAUUUUUUUUUAUUAUAUGAGAAGGAGAACGUAUUCUUAUCUCUCGCGUACAUGCGUACCACAACAGAGAUGACGUCAUGGUCUUCAGACUAUCAAUUCAAUAUUUUAUAUGACAGUCAUUCAACAAUUACUCCUAUAUAAUAGUAUUAUGUAUAUUCCAGUUUUAUUUUUGGAUAACACAACUUACUGAUUAAUUUAUACUAGGACCUGAGUGACGUGUGAGACUAUUGCAUUUCGUUUUAGUAAGGUAGGUGUACACGAGUAGGUUCGUUUCCGUUUCGGUGCGAGUCUCGGUGUGCACUGUGCAGUGCGCACUCCCUGCAGUGCAGAUAGUGUGCAAUGCGCCGCAGUGUAAGCUGAGGUGUGGCCCGGUACAGCCGCGCGGCGCGUGUCAGCUGCGAACUGGAACGGAUAUGUGCGAGUAAUUUUUACUUUAACAUUUUAAUGAUAAUAAUUAUAUGGUUUUAUACAAA